AUGGCGGAGGCCGUCGAUCCUGAUACCGGAUAUAUGCUCACUGAGCUCUAUGGCGGCGCAAUGAAGGUCCUGAUACCAAAAGGGUUUGCAAAUAUAGGGUCCAUCUUUCCAAUCCCUGAUAACCAGGAAGUUUUCCGGUCAACCUCAACAAAGACAAAUAUCAUCAUCGAGCUGGUUGAACGACUAGAGCCGGGCUCAUAUACCCUGCCAGAAGAAGUGGUAUCCCAGCUAGAAACAUCAUCGGAUAGCAAUCAAGUCGAGCUCGGCGCCGUCCUGUAUCAUCUGCAUGAUAUGUGCACCGCCAACGGAGACACCUAUGAAAUUCUCGACCCGCCAAAACCGUACCCUGUUCAACUCAUACCGUCUCCAGCAUAUACAUGUCAGGCACUGGUGACCUCAAAGGGGCAACUAUCCGACACUCAGCGUUUGCUUAACAUGCACUCACAGUCUUCACCACAAGCGGCAUUGACAUCUACACCGGCCGGCACAACUGGUACGACUGUUACUGCGCCCGUACCCCAGCAAGAAACAACUUCCACAUGCCACUUCUUCCUUGUACGGCUCGCGCAGUAUGGCACCGAUAUCCUUGUUUAUAUCAAUGUCCCUCACGAUAAGCUUGAGGAGUCUGGAGUUCCUGGUGCAGUUGCCCAGGAGGAAAUGCGUGCGCAUGACAUCAUGGCCAAUAUGAUGCGGUCCCUGGGGAUUAUUGACUACAGUCUCUUUGGAGGUUAG